CAUCACCCAGGCGGCGCCGCGCCGCCCUUCCGCGCAUGCGCCGCCGACGGCUGGGCUGUUGCUCCCUGACGGGUGGCUGCGGCGGGUCCUCGCCAUGGAGUCCUACGACGUGAUAGCGAACCAGCCCGUCGUGAUAGACAACGGCUCAGGUGUGAUUAAAGCAGGUUUUGCAGGUGAUCAAAUACCGAAAUACUGCUUUCCAAACUAUGUGGGCAGACCAAAGCACAUUCGUGUUAUGGCUGGUGCUUUAGAAGGGGACAUUUUCAUUGGUCCAAAGGCAGAGGAGCACAGAGGUCUCCUCUCGAUCCGAUACCCGAUGGAGCAUGGCAUAGUGAAGGACUGGAAUGACAUGGAGCGCAUUUGGCAGUAUGUGUAUUCAAAAGACCAGCUUCAGACAUUCUCAGAGGAGCAUCCUGUGCUGCUAACAGAAGCACCCCUAAACCCACGCAAGAACAGAGAGCGUGCUGCUGAGGUGUUUUUUGAGACCUUCAAUGUGCCAGCACUCUUCAUCUCCAUGCAAGCUGUGCUUAGCCUCUACGCAACUGGGAGGACUACAGGAGUGGUGCUGGACUCUGGGGAUGGCGUUACCCAUGCAGUUCCCAUCUAUGAAGGCUUUGCCAUGCCCCACUCCAUCAUGCGGAUUGACAUUGCUGGCCGUGAUGUCUCACGCUACCUGCGUCUCUAUCUCCGGAAGGAAGGCUAUGACUUCCACACAACCUCCGAAUUUGAGAUUGUCAAGACCAUCAAGGAGCGUGCCUGCUACCUGUCAAUAAGCGCCCAGAAGGAUGAGACUCUGGAGACCGAGAAGGCUCAGUACUACCUGCCAGAUGGAAGCACUAUUGAGAUUGGCUCUGCCCGUUUUCGAGCCCCAGAGCUCCUGUUCCGGCCAGACCUGAUAGGGGAGGAAUGUGAAGGACUCCAUGAAGUGCUUGUUUUUGCCAUUCAAAAAUCAGACAUGGACCUGAGGCGAACGCUGUUCUCCAACAUCGUGCUGUCUGGAGGCUCCACGCUUUUCAAAGGCUUUGGUGACAGGCUGUUGAGUGAGGUGAAGAAACUAGCUCCGAAGGACGUCAAAAUAAGGAUAUCAGCUCCUCAGGAAAGAUUGUAUUCUACUUGGAUUGGUGGCUCUAUUCUGGCCUCACUGGACACCUUUAAGAAAAUGUGGGUUUCGAAAAAGGAGUAUGAAGAAGAUGGAGCUCGUGCCAUCCAGCGAAAAACCUUCUAGCCCUGGGACCUGUCCUCGGUCUCCUCCGAAGACUCACUUCAGUUCUAAACUCGCUUUUCUGAGUCCGAGUGUCUGAGAGCUGCCUGUGUGUGUGUGUGUGCGCCAGCAUGCCCCGAUGUCACUGAGCAAAGACAACAGCAGCAGGAGGGUUGUAUUAGUACUACUAAUAACUUCUUAUUUUUUUAUUUUAUUUUUUGUUGGUUUUUUUGUAAUGGAAAGGAGAAAAUACCAAUUUGAAAUUCUCCAGAAUGGCCCAUUCCUUUUUCAUUUCAGUCCCUUAAUUUCUGUAUCACAAUCACAUUUUUCACUGUAAAACAAGCAAGCAAAAACAAAGGGAACAGCUUAUAGAAACUGCCUAGCAAGCCAGAAGGGAGCCAACCACUGCAGACUGCUCACACAGGCUUUAGUCGGCCUGACUGCAACGCCUGGAUUGUUUGGAAACACUUAGCUGAGGCCCCACAGCUACUUUCUUCUUCAGCAGUGUCUUCACCAUCAGUAGGUUUUUGAAGUUGUUUUUAAUACAGUUUUUGUUAAGAGAAAGCACAUUCUCAACGGUUAAGCCCAUUUACCCCCACUGUUUUUGGUGUGUGAGUGUGUAUGCCUGUGUAACUUAGCCUGAUGUGUGGGUCUGCACCACAGCUGGAGAAGUUGGUGAUAGGACUUAGUUUGUAUUGCAUGGAGUAGAACAAAGCAAAUCUAAUCAGCUAUCAUUGUACUAGGCGGUAAUUCUCUUGUACCUUGUUUUAAGUACCUAUUCUCCUCUGGAAGCAAGUGCCCCAGAAUGGGGGUGAAGGCACUUGUGUGUUCCCCUCAACCUGCCAAGAUUUACAGUGCUGAGUUCUCAUGUUCUUUCUCUGUAAGAGUUGAGGCUGUUUCCCCCUUUCCUGCCAUGUCAGGGCAAAGGGAGCAUGUAUUUGCAGCCAGGCAUAAUAACUCCUGUGUACUUUAUCCAUUCUGGGUCAAAAUAAUAAUUGGGAAGGUGCAUUGUAAUGUAAGAAUUGUUUUAUUUAUUGAAAUGUCUGAGGAUAUCUCAAAUACUGACCACAGCACCUGGGAA